UUGUUGGGGAGGUAGGGAAGGUAAGCUUGGAUAUUCUUCAUCUACAAAUAAUAAUAAUAAUAAAUUAUAUAUCCAUACAUAAAUGAAAGUGAUAAGGCUUGACCGCUUGAGUGAAACAUUAAUGGAUUUAACAAGAAAAUAAACCACCUGCCAAAAAAGGGAAAAUAUACGAAAUAAUCAGCUGUGCAUCGAUGAGCAUGGUCCUACCAGAUUUUCUGAAAUGGAUUCGAGCAACAAUUCGCUGCUGGAGUCUAGCUCUCUGACAUUUGCGGAGAAGCUGUGCGCGGCGGUGUUCCCGAUUGUAGCGUUAAUCGACGCGUUGAUCUUCGCGGUUUCCAGUUGUUUCGAUUUCAAGUGCAGAAAAUCGAGCAAUACGAAGAAAUUGAGCUACGACUACGAGGAUAUUGUUCGUCUCUCUCGGGGAUCUCAUUUUACUGUAAAUGAAGUGGAGGCAUUGCAUGAGUUGUUUAAGAAGCUAAGCAGUUCGAUUAUUGAUGAUGGAUUGAUACAUAAGGAAGAGCUGAAGCUGGCAUUGUUCACAACGGCAAGUGGUGAGAACCUUAUCUUGGAUCGGGUAUUUGAUCUUUUUGAUCUGAAAAGGAACGGUGUCAUUGAUUUGGAAGAAUUUGUUUGUUCACUCAACGUGUUCCAUCCUAAUGCCUCUUUGGAAGAGAAAAUUGAAUUUACAUUCAAGCUUUAUGAUCUGGGACAAACUGGGUUCAUUGAGCGUGAAGAAGUCAAGCAGCUGGUGAUUGCUAUACUUGCAGAAUCUCACAUGAAAUUGUCUGAUGAACUGCUAGAGCUAAUAAUCGACAAGACAUUCGAGGAUGCUGAUGCUGAUAAGGAUGGGAAAAUUAACGAGGAAGACUGGAAGACCUUCGUUAUGCAGCAUCCAUUGCUUUUGAGGAACAUGACUCUACCUCAUUUAAAGGAUGUCACCACGGUCUUCCCCAGCUUCGUUUUCAACACCGAGGUUGAAGAUUGAGAUGAACAGAUCAUUUCUUGGACACAUUUAAUCUCUCUCAAACUUAGCUGGAGAGAGAGGAGAGUAAGAUUGUAUACUCCCUUGAAGCUGUGAAAAAGGUGGAUAUCUGACAGGAGGGCUUGAUCUUACUUGCUUCAGAUUCAUCAGUUUGGAAUACCUCACAAUUUGUACAGAAAUUUGAAUUUGGUAUUCUUGUAGUUUUUGAGUUUAUUGUAAAAAGACAUUAUGAAUAUCAGAACUCCUCAAUAUAAUUGUUGAGAUGAUUUA